AUGAUCGCUGCGCCGGCAGCUGCAGCGCCCGCUGCCACUGCGUUGCUCACCUGGACGGCAGCUGCUGCUCCGCUCAGUCGGAAAGGCCCCACGGCAGCCUGGAGCACCGCAUCGGCGCGGACAAUUCCCCUCAUUGCGCUGGCGGCGUGGUGUUCGCGGCAUCGACAGUGCAAGAGACCGCACAUGGCUGCAGUUGCCACGAGAUCCCUCGUGAAGGAUUCAGGGCUGCUGCUCAUUGAGCACCUGAACCUGAAUGUGUCGAGUACGCCAGUGGCUCUGGAGUUCUACGAGGCUCUGGGCUGCCGCCGCGAUGCACGACGGCCCAUGACGAAGACGCUGCACAGCAACUGCGGUGCUCUGACGCAAUUCCACACGCCUUCACCAGAAAACGAGGCCUUCAUUGCAGGCGCGGGGCCCCAGCAGUGGCGCGGCUGCAUCGAGCUGCGCUAUGCAGAUGUGAGCCAGCUGCGGGCAGCCGAGGAGCGGUUAAGGCGGCUGCAGGAGCAGGAGCACUUCCGCGAUACCUGCCUGGCUGUGGAGUGGCAAGAGGAUCUGCAGGAGCUGAGGCUCCGCGGGCCCUACGGCAACUCCUUCCGCUUGUCCGUGGCCACCGAAGAGCUGGCGGCCGGCCUUCGGCCGGGCACCGGCCGUCCCGGCAGCGAGGGGUGCCAGGUGCUGGGCAUGGCGGCGCUCACGCUGCAGGUUCCCGUCGGUGCCGCGGCGCCCGGAGCGAACUUCUACGCCGAGAUGCUGGGCUGCGCGGUGGAAGAGCGCCCGAACGGCGCCUGGGCAGUGCUGGGCGGCCCGAUGCAGGUGCAGGAGCUCCUCCUGGAGGAGCAGGAAGGCUGCACUGGCAAGGAGCUUGGCGAGCACAUGGCCAUUUAUGUCCGAGACUUUGAUGCGUGCUUCGAGCGGUUGCUGGCACGAGGACUGAUUUGGGUGAAUCCGCGCUUUGUGCACCUGGACAAGUCCACCACGCUUGAGGAGGCGCAGCACUACAGCUGCUUUCGCUUCAAGGAUGUGGUGGCAGGGGUCCCAACGGGAACUUGA